CCAUCCUGCAUCGUCAUGGUACUCACUCCGGAUGCAGUUGUCAUGGAGAUGGGGGAGAGCUCGGCGUCCGCUGCCGGCACUGUUACCAUGGAGACCUCGGGCUCGGCGGAGCGGGCAGAACCGGACCGGAUCGGCGUCCCUGCGGUCCGGAACAGAAAGUACCGGGUGCUGAUCGCGAUCGGAGAGAUUUCCACAGAAUAUCACCUGGAAGCGGCGCGCAGUCAGAUCACAGGAGGUCUGCUUUCCUGGAACGUCGACCUGUCUGUCUGCGACCUGAAUAAGGAGCUGCAGCUGUUCAGGAACAGACACACCGCUCAGUUUUCUCCUCAGGUCAAAGGUCAGCGAACGCUGCGGUACCAGAGCGACGUCCUGCAGACGGUGGUGCUGGUGAACCCGGCACAGGAGGCCGUUUCUCUAGAGACAACUGCUCUGAUCACCGACACUGCUGCUAAUAAGUUGCUGAUUCUGAGCGGCCAGAGCUCCGACCAGGGAGGCGACAUUCUUCUGCAAAGUGGAGUCUUCGGUUGGCAACAGUUUUCUGACAUCAUCUCCAACCCUCAAGUUAUUGAAGUCUUGUCCAGAGCCUCCUCCCAGGUGCUGUCCAGGCUUACUGUUUCCUGUCAGGGAGACGGGGGCUGGAGCUCCCUGGGCCAAAGCCAGGAGCAGCAGCCACUGCUUAACAUUCUCGAGUAUUGCUUAAACCCAGAGCCCCAACUCCCCAACAUGGACGGGGUCACAGAGUUCACAGAGUAUGUCUCUGAAACGGUGGACGUACCGUCACCCUUCGAGCUUCUGGAGCCGCCGACGUCCGGUGGGUUUCUAAAGCUGUCCAAACCCUGCUGCUACAUAUUUCCUGGAGGCAGGGGGGACUCGGCUCUGUUCGCCGUCAAUGGAUUCAACAUCCUGGUGGACGGCGGGUCAGAGAGGAAGUCCUGCUUCUGGAAACUAGUUCGACACCUGGACAGGAUUGAUUCCGUCCUGCUCACCCACAUCGGUGCAGACAACCUACCGGGCAUAAAUGGGCUGUUCCAGAGAAAAAUUGCAGAGCAGGAGGAAGAGAAAAACCAAGGGUCUGGCUCUAGCAGUAAUGGUGACUGGAUGAAGAACUUGAUCUCCCCUGAACUUGGGAUUGUGUUUUUCAACGUCCCAGAGAAGCUAAAGAUGCCGGAGUCUACUCUUAAGGUAAAGCGAAGCAUUGAAGAGGCAUCUCUCACGCUGCAGUACCUCAAUAAGCUUGGCAUCACUCCUGAACCUCUUCACAGGAUAGUCAGUAACACUAUUGAACCAAUAACACUGUUCCACAAACUUGGUGUGGGAAAGUUAGACAUGUACGUCUUAAACCCUGUGAAGGAAAGCAAAGAGAUGCAGUUUCUGAUGCAAAAGUGGGCAGGAAAUAGCAAAGCCAAGACAGGAAUCAUGAUGCCCAACGGGAAGGAAGGAGAAAUAUCUGUGCCCUAUUUAACGUCAGUCACUGCUCUAAUUGUUUGGAUCCCACAUCGACCCACAGAAAAGAUAGUGCGUGUGCUGUUUCCUGGAAAUGCACCACAAAAUAAAAUCCUUGAGGGGCUUGAGAAGUUGAAACAUCUGGACUUCUUGCGAUUCCCGGUGGCCACUCAAAAAGACAUAUCAUCUGGAGCGCCACCUCCAAUCAUCAAGCAAACUAAAAUAAGGUCUAGAACAGAUAGCAAAGAGAGUCUCAAAUCUUCACCUAAACCCCAUGCUAAAGCAUCUAAGAAAGAAACUAGUGGGCAGGAGGAAGAGUCAAGAACUGAAGCCACUAAAGAGAAUAAAGUUGAAAAGAAAGAAGAGAAGAAACCCAAAAGUAAUAGUUUAAAAGCCACCAAACAGCAGAAAAACAGCGAAGUGGCUCCUGGAACCGAGAAGACGGCAAAAAAGAAAAUUUCCAAGGAAAAAUCUUCAAAACAAGAGAAAGCAUCUAAAAUGGAUGAAAAGAAAGACAAAGAGAAAAAAGACACCAAGAAAGAAAAGGUAAAGAAAGAUGAAAAAAUAAGAAAGGAAGACAAAAAAGAGAGUAAGGCAAAGGAAGACAAGAAGAAGGAGCCAAGUAAACCAGAGCUUAGAAAGAUCACCAAACCCGACCUGAAGCCGCUCACCCCUGAAGUGAGAAAAACCCUGAACAAGGCCAAGAGUCAGGCUAAACCCAAAACUGACAAAAAUAAGGCCGGCAAAGAGGAAACAAAUGGGAAAAAGCCAGUUCCAAAGAGCAUCCUGGAUGAGGUUGCAGCGGCAGCUCUGGCUGACAGGUCCAUUGUCUCCUCACCUGAGGACCUCACUGAGGACUUUGAGGCACUCAAACAAGAGGAGAUGUCCAUCCAGAAGACUGGAUCUGUCCAGAAUGAUGUGAUGCCUGGACCCCCAGAACACCUAGAUACUAAGGCUUCUCCUCAAGCUGUAACAAGUGAGAAACUAACAUCCUCAGCCACUGAGAUAAAGCCUGCUGGAUCUAAAUCCCCCAUCAUCCAAGAAGACAAAAAUGACAAACAAGUUACUGCUUCUCAACAAAAAGAUGUGAGUCAUGGCUUUGACAAGAAGUAUGAAGAGGAGAAAAUGGAGAAAUAUGACUUUUUCAAAGAAAAUGUGACUGACAGAUCAAAGAAAAGUGAGAGCUCAGAGGAGGAGGGCGAUGUGAUUGAAAAAGCAGAACUAGAAGGAACAGAAGAUGAUGAGGUCUUGAAAUUUAAAACAGAGGAGGUGAAGAAGGAGUGGGACGCCAAGCCAACAACCGCAGGACCCCUGCCAGCCUCUGCCUCUGAGCAGUUCUCCUUUAUCCAAGAUGAGACCAUACCUGGUUACUCAGAGACAGAGCAGACGAUUUCCGAUGAGGAGAUCCAUGAGGAAACUGAAGACAAGAUCCCACAACUGCGCUAUGAUGUGGGCUCCUACGACAUUUCUGUUCCAGAUGUUCCUGGUACAUUUGAAUCCAUGCAUGGUAUUAAAGAGAUGAAAAGCUCUGCAGUUUCUGAUGUUCCAGAUGUCAAACCUAAAGCUUUUGGCCAGGAGCCUGAGCUUGCGCCUUACCCUGCCAUAAUUGCUGCUCCUCUUGCAGAAGAAGAGCAUAUCUCUUCUGCAACAUCUAUCACAGACUAUGACAGACUGUCAUCUUUCGCCACAUCUGUGGCAGAGGACCAAUCAAUUGCCUCGGUGACGGCACCUCAAACAGAAGACGUUGGGAGGAAUUCACUCUUGCUGGACACGGUCAACAGCGCUCCAUCACGUGCGGAGGCUGCCCAAGGGAAAGACUAUCUCCAUUCAGCAGGCACCAUAUCCCCCACCUCCUCUCUGGAAGAUGACAAGUGCUUUAAGUCUCCAUCCUCUGAUGAAUACCAGCCUAACAUUCCAGAGAUAGAAAGUGAUGCAAAGACCAAAACCGUCCAUGAAGAAGAAGAUGAUGAAGAAGAGGAGGAUGAGGACCAAACUCCAAAUGUUGACAUCCCUCUGGGUAAACUUCAAGAGGGCUAUGAACAAGCUGCCUCACUGAUGCACCAGGAGCAACAAAAAUCUCCCUCUACUGUCAUUCCUGUGCAGGCCGUCAAGGAAGACCAGACUCUCCUCGGCACAGAAGCGUUUAAGGCUGCUGCUGAUGUAAAGCCUAUCUCACCCCCUCCACCUUUCUCCCCUGGGCUAGAAUCCCGAUCCAGGCAGGACAGUGAGGAGAGAUGCUUUAGUCCUGAUGACAGCACCAUGAAAUUGGCUUCACCCACACAGUCAGUGCCCACAAGUAGUGGCUACUCUCCAACAGAAGAAAAACCCUUUAAGCCAGAGGAAAAAGAUGAAGCGCUGCAUGCCAUUAAAGCUGACGCUCAGAAAACUGACCGAUCAGUCACCAUCUCAGACAAUACCUCCUUUAUUGGCUUGCCAGGCGACAAGACAGCUUUCGAAGCAUCGGAGGAAUCUGAUGAGGACAGUGAGGAUGACUAUUACACCAAAAAGGAGUUAAAGCCCACUUUAAAAGCUAAACUCAUGGAAGCAAAAGAAGGUUGCUUUUUAGAUGACGACUUUUCUUUCGAAGGAAAAUCUACAAAGGCAGAAUCAGAAGCUCUGAGUUCAGACAAGAUGCAGGUGUCCUUUAGCACAACGGAGAAACCCAAACCAAAAGUGAUGUUUUCUGAUGAAGAUGACAAAGAUGAAAAAGAUGAUGAUUUUCCAAGUGGGGUAGGUUCUAAAACCCUUUCAGAUGAAAAAGACAAAGGUGAGACAACAGAUGUUGCCAUUAAAGAGUCAGAGAAAAGUGUCCAUUUCAGUCUUUAUGAAUAUCCAGAGAAAGAGGGCAGAGAGAGCAGAGAGAGAGCAGUGUACACAAGACAGGAUACACCAUAUGUUCACGGAAAAACAUUCUCUUAUGGUGAUAUUUACGACAGCAAAACAAGCUCAGAGGAGUCUGACUUGUAUCGAGAGGAGUCCCAAGAUAAGGUAGAAGAAAAACCUUCAAAGGAUGAAGAAGAUUUGCACACACAUGAGUCUCCAUCACAAGACACGGUAUCGGACAAGGUGUUGGAGAAAGAAGAAAGAGGGUACUCCUCCUCUUCAUGGCCAGAGCCCAAAAGUACAUCAGCCACUGAUCAAUUUAAAACAGAUGCUAAAGAAAAAGAGACAUUUAUUUAUAGUCAGACUAGCCGUUUCCCUUCAGUUGCUGACCGACCUGAAGCCUCGACCACAUGUUUGUCAUCAGAAAAGGACCAAACUCUUGGCACAACGCCCCCAACAUUCCCCUCAGUCAUUUCCAGCGUCCCUUUAGCAUCAGGCUACAGCGAGAAAGGUGCCUGCUUAGAGAUUGAUAUGCGAAAGCUAACAGCAAGAGAUGAGGAAGAUUAUGAUGAUGAAGUUAUCGAUGAUGACGAUGAGGACGAAGAAGAUGAAGAGGAGGACGACGAAGAUGGCAUUGAUUCUGACAUGGAGAAAGGUGCCAAAGAGAAAUCUGAAAAGGAAGUACAAAGUCCAGUAAGUCAAAUGUUAGCCUCAAAGAGACCUGAGUUUAUGGUCUCUAUGGCAGGGUACGGUUACAACAGUCAGGGAAAGCCGAGCAUCACAGUAACCAGCUCAAGUUCAGUGACUACAGCUGAAUGUCAAGGUCAGGCUGACUCCUCCUGUGUCAGUGAAAAGCCAGUGGAGGUAGGGGCUACCAAUUUGUCUAGUUACUCUUCGGGUUUUGAAUACCCAUACAGAACCGAUGAAAAAGAGUCGUUUCUGUCAAGUCAGAGUGAAGAAAAAGAAAAAGACGACUUAUCUUCAAAAUCGAGAGUGGACAGUUAUCACCAAAACGAAACAGUUGAUACUGAAUUUGAUAAACAGAAGACACCAGAUAUUUUGAGUAAGAGCUCACUGGAAGCAAACUUUCAGUACACAACCACAGCUGCUGCCCCUGGCUACUCCUCAUCUUCAGCCUACAGCUACUCCUCCUCCACCUCAGGCUCCCUCUCCACCAGCCGGCAGUUUGGAGAGGAGCUGGAGACGCCUGCGUCCGCUGAACCUCUGUUUGAGUACUCCUCAUUUAAAGAUGAACAUUCGCUUGUUAUGGAUUCUCCCUUCUCCAGUUCAGCUGGUGCCAAAGAUGACUAUCUUGAAGUUUCUGAGAAGCAAAUCACUGUAGCAACAACAGCAGAGUCUAGCUUCAGUUUAACGCGCUUCUCACCUCUUAGUCCUUUUGAGGAGGUCAAGUCCUUCCCAACGGCCUCAUCUGUUGCUGUUGUUCAAGAGAAGAAGGACCAUGUAGCUCCAUUAUGUGGAGUCACUGAUAAAGGGCCUCAAGAUGACUGCUUCUAUAAACCUGAGUGGCCUGAAGAUACCAAGUUGGACGGAGCUGCUGGGUUUGGGGCCUCAGCGGGUCCCUUUGCAGACUUCUCUAUGAAUAAAGAGGCCGCCAGUGCUGCUCUGUUUGGUGUCACUUCCUCUCCUCGGCCUGACAUUGAAGGAAAGCAUUACUUUGAAGAGACUGACAGCAGUGAAGAGGAGGAUGAGGAGGCAUAUAUGCGUGAAAUGACUCAGAGGUCUCCUUCCAGUGCUCCAACUGGUAGUCUCCCAUUUUGUGACAAGCCAGCUGCUCCAGCCUUCAGUGCAAAGACAAGGGAUGCACUUCCAGAUGUUCUUGGCUCUUACAUGUCAACACCUCUCCAGACAAACAAGCCAGACACAACAAAUGGCCCAACAGAGGUAAGCACCAGGAGCACCCUUCUUACAGGGGAAACAGCAGCCGGAGCACCUUCAGGCUCAGCCAGAGUGGAGUCUAGAGAGGGAGCAGCAAGGUACGUCCGGAGUUCGUAUGAGUGGGAAAUGCCCAAGCCUCAGAUGGGGAUGGUACCUGGAGACUCCCCUCCUCAUUACCGCCAUGAUGACGAGUUUGAGGAGGAAUGUGAGAUGGAGCCAGAGCAUCCUCCUCGCCCACUUUCUCUUGCUUCACCAGAUCAGCCGUUCCGCUCACCAUUCUAUGCAGAAGAGUGCAGCCGAGGCGAGCAGGAUGAUGAUGAUGAUGAGGACAGUGAUCAGGACGUACCCAUUGGAGCAACCUCUUCUUACACCAGCCGCACCUCUCCUGGAUAUUCAUCCUCCGAAUUCAGGCAGCGCAAAGAAGACCUGUCACCAUCCUUCAUCAACCCCUGCAUGAGGCGACUUUCCAGUGAUGAGGACGAUGAGGAGGAAGGCCGCAGGAGCGAUCAGUCACAGGAAGGGGAUGAACAUGACCUGUCAGUCAAGAGGAGGGCUCACAAGCAACCCCAUAUUCACCAGUCCCACAGCAGGGACAGUAGCUCUCUGCAUCAGUCUGGUGGUAUGCCUGCAGGGAUGUGUCUGGCCACAGAGGACACUCCGCCCACCUCUGUCAGCGAGUCUCUACCCUCUCAGUCAGAGUCAGAUCUGCAUCCUGGCACUGAAGAGUACCCGUCAAUUACCGGUGAAGGCAACAUGGACUCAGAUGAGGAUGGAGAAUACAUGCCGAUUGAUAAAUCUGCCGCAGGGCGAGGUAGCAAUCAUUCUACCUCCAGGAGAAGCCAUGACCCUCCUCCUGCUCCCCUCCUGGACCGCUUCCCUCAUCCACCCCACCCAGAUGUCUGCAUGGUGGAUCCUGACUCUCUAGGCAAUGGCUCUCUGAAGAAGGAACCAAAAGCAAAAAGUCUGAAGAAGUCUUCAGUCAAAACAAAAUCAGCAUCUCCAGCCAGGCGUAAGAGGUCUCCAAUGCCUGUUAAACAGACCCCGUCACCUCGGAGUGCUUCGCUGAAGAAAAAGGACACAGACAAAAGCUCGCGCAUGUCUCGUCUGUCAGAUGGACAAGGCUCCAAGGAGGACGACCUCUCAAGAUCAAGCUAUAACCCCAGUAAAGGGCUGACAAACGGGGUCAAAACCAGCUCAGGUUCCCAGAAGUCCGGCACGGCAGCUGCUCCCGGCUUUCCAAUUUAUGUGGAUCUAGCCUACAUUCCCAACCACUGCAGUGCCAAGAACGUGGACCAGGAGUUUUUCAAACGCAUUCGCUCUGCGUACUAUGUAGUGAGUGGCAACGACGCUGCAGGAGGCGAACCUGGCCGCGCAGUCCUAGAUGCUUUGCUGGAUGCCAAAGCUCAGUGGGGAUCAAACCUUCAGGUGACACUGAUCCCGACCCAUGACACAGAGGUGACGCGUGACUGGUACCAGCAGACCCACGAGAGGCAGCAGGAGCUGAACAUCAUGGUUCUGGCCUCCAGCAGCACCGUCGUCAUGCAGGACGAAUCUUUUCCAGCCUGCAAGAUCGAGUUUUAGGAUCCCCUCUGCCUCCUCUCUCCAUAACCUCCCUGCUGUAGAUCUUUUCUGGCUCUUCUUUUCUGUAUCCUGAUGUGUCUCUGCUCCGGUCGUUUAUGCCGCACAGCGAAGCAGAGGCAGAUCAGGAGAAAGUUUUUUAGUGUUUUUGUUGAUUUUUAAGUUUGGUGUGACCAUCGCCAUUGGAGUCCCAAUGGUACUUUUCAGCUAGUCGUCAUUUCCCUCUGGAUUAGUAAGAAUCAUUAAUAUCUCUGCUAUGCCACAGCCCUGAAUGUUUUCACAUUUAAUCAUUUUACAACCACAAACUUCAAAGUGUUUUAUAGGAACUAAAAUGAUUUCAGUCUUUGCUGUUAUCUAAACCUUCCCAUAAGUUAACGUUCAAGUCUUCUUGUCUUUAGCUUCAUCCAUUUUCCAAAUAACUCUGACCAGCUUCACUGUCCCUGCCGAAGAAAAGCACCCCAACAGCAUGAUGCUGCCACCACCAUUUUAGGUGAUUUAUCAGGAUAACUGGUUGCACUGGAUUUGAUUUUGGAGUUCCAGGGUGUUUUUGACUCGGUUCGAUUAGGGACCAAAGUUGCAACAAAUUUUUUUUUCUUUUGUAUUUUCAGUCAUGUGCUAGGCAACCAACAAAGAUUUGUAACUAAUACAACACAAAAAAAAA